GGUUUAUCACACCUCGAUAAGGUGGCUGUAGGCAUCUGACAUCUGACAUAAACUUAUUCUUCGUGCUGGCACUCUAUUUUUACAGCGGCAUACAAUUUACCAUAUUAUCAUGGCUAGUACUGUUGAGGGCACAUUCGCUGUUGACGGUGCGGAGUUGUAUACUAAGACAUGGACGCCUGAUGGCCCUGUCAGGGCGAAGCUUAUCUUCAUUCACGGAUUCAGUGACCAUAUCAAUCGCUACAACGGCUUCUUCCUGGCUUUAUCUGCUCGUGGAAUCCAAGUCUUCGGAUUCGACCAGCGUGGUUGGGGCCGCACCGUUCGCGUCCCAGCAGAUCGCGGCCUGACGGGACCGACAACGCAGGUGCUGUCCGAUAUAGCGGCCUUUAUUCGGGACAAACUACCACCUUCCCCCUCGGUCACGGACAAUGACGGCAUUGUGGCAACUACUGUGGAACCACCGAUUUUCGUCAUGGGUAAUUCCAUGGGCGGGGGCGAGGUCGCUACUCUUGCCUCGAGGCCAGAGUAUGAGGACGUCGUCACACGGAUACGUGGUUGGAUAUUAGAAGCGCCAUUAAUCGGCUUUCCACCGGGUGAGGAGCCAAGCUUCGUCAAGGUCUUCCUUGGAAGACUCAUUAGUCGAUUUGCGCCGAAGCAGCAGCUCGUGCAUGCUUUGUCCGCGGAAUAUCUCUCCCGUGACCCACAAGUCGUCCGGAGUAUUCGCGAGGACCCAUUAAACCACGAGACAGGGACGUUGGAAGGGCUUGCUGGUUUAUUGGAGAGGACCAAUCAUCUCGCAUCAGGACGUCUGAAGCUUAGCAGGAAUGUCGACAGCUUGUUCGUCGCCCAUGGCACAGGGGACCGGACCACGAGCUGCGAUGCGAGUCGGGAGUGGUUUGACGCUCAGAAUAUCAAGGAUGCUCAAUUCAAGGCAUAUAAAGGAGCAUAUCAUCAACUGCACUCUGACCUGUGCAAGGACGAAUUCUACUAUGACAUCGGGGACUGGAUAUUACGGCGAUCUAGCGGGCUUUCUAGUCCUAAAUUAAGGCCUUGUUAA